CGACGAUGUCCUGGAAACUCGGCUCAAAGAAAAACAAGGACUCGAAGGAACUCGGGGUCUCGUCCCGCUCGGUGACCCCCAUUCCUUCUCGUUCGACGACGCCCAUGCCGCCUCCGAAUGUUGCGAAUCAACCGAACUUCCGUUCUGGCGUUCUUACGAUUCGUAUACUAUCUGGCCGCGGCCUCUCCCUCUCCCCCGGCGUCCAAAUCCCCGAGAUCAUCCAACGCGCGCUCGAGAACGGCCCGCCCCGGACAUCGACGAGUAAUCGCGAGAGCAUGCAACGUCGGCGCUAUUGGUGGCUUCCCUACGUCGUCCUCGAGUUUGACAAGAACGAGAUUCUGAUCGAUGCGCUCGGGGGCGAUCUCGCGAAUCCGGUGUGGAAUUAUAGGGCGAAUUUCGAUGUCUCACGAACGUCGACCAUCUCCAUCUCUGCCUAUCUCCGAACAGCGCAAUGCGUGCAAGGCCAGGACGAUAUGGGAAAUGACCUGCUUAUGGCUCGUGUGGAUCUGACGCCGGCGCUGGACGCACAUCACGUCUCAGACCAAUGGUACACCGGCACCGCCGGCUCCGGCUCCUUCCACCUCACCAUCGCCUUCAAGCCCUCUCGAAACGAGCCCCUAACGAUCGAAGCCUUCGACCUGCUCAAAGUGAUCGGCAAGGGCUCGUUCGGGAAGGUGAUGCAGGUGCGGAAGAAGGACACGCAGCGGGUGUACGCGCUCAAGACGAUCCGCAAGGCGAAUAUAGCCUCGAGACCGGGGGAGAUCACGCAUAUAUUGGCGGAGAGGACGGUGUUGGCGUUGGUGAAUAAUCCGUUUAUUGUGCCGUUGAAGUUUUCGUUCCAGAAUCCGGAUAAGCUUUAUUUGGUGAUGUCGUUUGUGAACGGAGGAGAGCUGUUCUACCAUCUGCAGAAGGAGGGAAAGUUCGACGAGUACCGGAGUCGGUUCUACGCGGCGGAGCUGCUCUCGGCGUUGGAGCACCUGCAUAUGUUCAACGUCGUCUACCGGGAUCUGAAGCCGGAGAACAUCCUGCUCGAUUAUACGGGCCAUAUCGCGCUCUGCGAUUUCGGGCUGUGUAAGCUCAAUAUGUCGGAGACAGAGAAGACGAACACAUUCUGCGGCACCCCGGAAUACAUCGCCCCCGAGCUGCUCGAAUCGCAAGGGUACACAAAGACCGUCGACUGGUGGACGCUCGGCGUGCUCCUGUACGAGAUGAUGGUCGGCAUCCCGCCGUUCUACGAUGAGAACGUGAACGUGAUGUAUCAGCGGAUAUUGCAGGACCCGUUGACGUUCCCGGAGGAUAUGGGAAGCGAGGCGAGGAGCGUGAUCGCGCAGCUGUUGCAGAGGGAUCCGGCGAAGAGGUUGGGUGCGAAUGGGGGGGAGGAGAUUAAGAGGCAUGCGUUCUUUGCGAGGCAUGUGGAUUGGCAGAAGUUGUUGCAGAAGAAAAUCCAACCGCCAUUCAAGCCUAGUGUGGAAUCCGUGCUCGACGUCGCCAAUUUCGACCAAGAGUUCACGAGCGAGGCUGCACAGGACUCCGUCGUCCAGGACUCGCAGCUCUCGAAGACGGUGCAGGAUCAGUUCCAGGGGUUCACGUAUAAUCCUGCGGACGAGCAUUUGAGCGAGAGUAUCAGUUAUGCGAAUGGGCUGUAAAGUAGAUUCUUCCUCCACUUCCUUCUAUCGUUCCACCGCUCCGCCCGUCCGUCCUUCCCCGCCGAUGCAUCCUUCAAUGCAUCCUUCCGUCAAUCCGUCCGUCCUACCUGACCUGCCGAUGCAUCCGUUCGUCCUUCCUGACCUGCCGUCCCCUCGCCCGUCGUCUUUUUUUACAACCCAAUGUAUACGUACAUACAUACACACUCACAGAUACAGAUCCUACAUACAUACCCCACAUUCGAUCUUCGACCCCUUCGACCCCUUCGACCGUUUGACCGCUUUCUUGUCUUAUCGUCGUCUGCUGUCUAUGCACACACAUAUCUUGACCGCAUGCUGCACAUUUUGCAUGCCCUCUCCCACCCAACCCUCGGACUAUCUCGUAACAGAUUCGCGGGCCCAUCUUCGUUUGUGUCUGUUUUUUUGAUUUCGAUUUCGUAUUUUCUUUAUUAUUGUUUUUUUCCUCCUGUUCUGUUUGCUCUGAUCAGCUCGGCUCACUGUAUCAGAUAUCACAGUAUCGACUCAGUUUCAAUCCCCUACCCUGCCUUCGUCUUCGUCUCCGUCCUCGGUCCAUGGUUCAAGCUUUUCUUUACCUUCAUCUUUUCGCUCUCGAUAUCUCUGUUCUCUUCCUCUGUUUCUUUCUGUCUUCCUCUAUUUAUAUAUCUCAAGUCCCUUCCGUCCCUUCUGACCACUUCUUUCCCCCCUCCGCUUCGCUCAGAGUCGUCGUCGCUGUCGCUGUCAAUGUGAAUCUUGUCUGCACGUACGUAUGCAUGUAUUCGUUCUGGAAUAUAUGGGUGUGGAUGUGGGUGCAGUGUCGAUUUGUUAUAUAUGUUAUCGGACUUUGGCUUUUCGCUUUUCGCUACUCGUCUCUCGUCUCUCGUACUUUCGAUAUAUAAGUAC